AUGAUGCGAAUGAGGGGAGGCGGUGAUGAGUCGCAGCAUGAGCAGGAGCAAGAGAAUGAGGAGACAGCCAUAGUCCUGGACGAUGAGGACAAAGCCCUCUCCCAGACUCCUGUGGCAAAGAAAGAAGCGGAUGAGAGCAUGAGCCCACCCACGGACCGUGUCAAGCGACAGCUGAGCUUUGGAUCGGCUUCAUCAGCCGAGUCCAAGCAGUCAAGGCUGCAUAAGUUCUUCCGGUCUCCGUCAUCCUUCUCUGACGACAGCAGCAUCCAUGAGACGCCCAGUCCGCCGCCCAAGAGGCCAAGACAUCGCAUGGAAGACACUCUUCGUGAGAUGUUGAAGAGUGGGCAGCUGUCGCUUGAUGGGAAGAAGCUGACCCUGACAGCCCAUGAGGAUGUCAUCCCAAAGCUGCAGCAGGAGGUGGGCAAGAAGUUUGGGAGGUUCGGAGGUCGGCCCAUGAAGCCGGUCAGCGAAAGGAGAGGGAUCAUGGGUGGCCAGAAGUCCAACCGGAGAAAGGCCAAUGAGAAACCUCGGCAGUUUGAGUUGCCUGUGUCCAUGAAGAACCGCAUCUGCCAGCAAAUCUAUGAGACCCGUGGGCACCAUCCCGCUGAGCAAGACAUGCUCAAGGCCUUUGCAAAGAAGAGCAAGAUGAGGUUGGACAAGCUGCAGGACAUCUGGGCCAACAGGAGCACAUGGGCUCAGCUCGAAAAGAAGGACCAUGGCAACAUGAUCGGUGGGGAGCAUUCCAAGCAGAGGCCAAGGAUGAGAGCAGAAGGUGCUGGUGCCAAGCGACAAUUCCCUGAGGUCGUCCAGAAACUUGGCCAUUGGCUUGACAAAGAACGAGCCCAUGGUCAUCAGGUGCUGCAGCGGCACCUGGCAUGGCAGUAUGAGCUGCUCCUUCAGGAACACAUGGUUGAGCUUACGGAGCUGCUUGAGUCUGAGAAGAGUAAGGACAUGAGCACAGAGGAGCGGCAGCAGCAUGAGGUGAAGCUAAAGCUUGCAGAGAAGCAGAUUGAGGCCAUGCAUGGGAGCGAGAAGCUGAUGAACAAAAGGGCAAAGACAUUGGCCACAUGGCUUGGGGCUGAGACGAGGGUUCCAAACCUCGUGACCCAGAUCAGUUCCGUGGAGCAGCAGGUGAGGGCUGAGCUCUCGUGGCAACACCAUGACUGGUGCAUUCACAAGGUGGCAUCAGCAGAUGAGGACUUCAUGAGACAGUACUUUGCCAGGCCCAAUGAGAUCACCCCAGCCAUUCGAAAGGCAUGUGUUCUGGGCUUCUCCGAUCAGGUGCCACUCUGGCUGAAGUCUGGGUCCAAGAAAGAAAUCAUGGCUUCAUGGGAAGUAGCAGGCCUCAAGAAGAAGAAGCAGCAUCCGCACCUGCAUGAGCCGCAGCAGACCGCAGAUGAGACACACCCGGCAGCUGAGGAGCCUCAUGAGGAGUCGAAAGCUGAGGAGCCUCAUGAGGAGUCGAAAGCUGAGGAGCAUCAUGAGAAGCAGCCACAUGAGCAGGAGGAACCAGGUGAUGAGUGGAAGCUCGCCAUGCCAGAUGAGAAGCAUGAGAUGGCCCAUUUGACCACCCGUCGGCAAGAGAAGGCCGAUAGGUACAGGGUCACAUUUGAGGCCAUGCAGCUCGUGAGUGGCUUCUUCGACCAUGAGAAGACCCCCGAAGGCCACUGCAUGAGAGGCAUUCUGAUAGUUCCCGGCCAGCAUGCACGGUUGGAUAACAUUGACGAGCAUGGGAAAUGGAAAGAGGAUGAGACAUUCUUCUACAUGGGUCAAGAGAGACGCCACAUCGGAGGUGAGAGCUGCGGCCGAGCUCUCAUCAGCUGGCGAAAGCUGCGAGAUGAGAUGCCACAAGCAUUCCGGCAUUUCUCCGUCAUGAGCCAGCCUGCAUCCAACAGCGAUGGGAUUUGCUUGCCAUGGGUCAUAAAGGAUCAGGCUAGGCAGUUCCCAUUGAGUGUGUGGAUGAGGGAUGCGUAUGGGCCUGCAUUCACAUCAGAUACGGUCAAGACCCUCUUCAUGGGGCAUCAGGUUCAGUCGAGCAUCAUGCCGAAGAUGACAUCAGCAUUACAGCUCACUGAUACAGAUUUUUCACAUGCCUUUAAGGCAUCAGUGAGAAGAGCCAUCGAUGAGCAGAGCAUGAGGCAGGCGGCUCGCCGGAAUGAGGAGGAUGGGCACCAUGAGCAGCAGUUCCCGAAGAUGGGCAUCAAGGAGAUGGCAUUGGCCAUCGACGCUGCCAUGGAGCACAUGAUCCAGAUGAAUGAGAAGACGGAAUGGGUCCUGGCUGGGCUCCGCCGCAAUGGGUUCUUGGCCCUGAGACCUGAUGAGCAUGGCAAGAUGAGGAAGUGCGAUCACGAGGCAUGGGCCAAGGACAAGCCAUUGGGCUGCAAGAGGAUCCAUCCGACAUGGGUCGCCAAUCGGUAUCAGCAUGAGAACAAUGGAGACAUUGAGAAACCCAAUUGGGCUCGCAUUGAGGGAGCCACUGAGUUGAGUGACCUGGCCCAUUGGCACUACAACGAUGGGUUCAAGGAUGCCCCAAGCUGGGAGGACAUCCCAUUUGAUGAGCAUUCCGAGCCUGAAUGGCAGGCAUGCGCCAAGUUCCAGAUGCCAUUAGACCUGAGAAGGGCCAUGCUGGCAAGAGAGGCGACCAUGAGCGAUCAAGCCAAGGCAAAGAGGGAGAGGAGAAGAGAGAAGAAUAAGACCAGGCGGCAGAAGAAGCAACAGGAGCAUCAGCUCACGGAUGAGGCCCGGGAGGAGCUGAGAGCAAGCAUGCAGGAAACCUCCAGGUAUGCCGCCAUGAGGGAUCUGCCAGCAUCGGCCUCGAAGAAAGGCAAGGCGAAGGCCAAGGCGAAGGCCCAGGCCAAGGCCGAAGCCAAGGCCAAGGGCAUGAGCUUGUCCAAGAUGGGCAAGAUGGCCAAAAAGCAGCAUAAGAAGCAGCUCAAGAAAAACGCAUUGAGCAAAGCGGUGGAUGAGCUCCCUGAGCCGCCAUUGCCUCCGCCACCCGGCCCACCAGCUAUGAGUGCUGACACUGGUGAGCAUGACAUGACCAAGGGCACAUGGAGGAUAGUCAAUGAGGACGCUGGCAUUUCGCUGUAUGGGCGGCAUGGGUCCAUUCUGGGUGUCGGCCGUCAGAACUGCCACAUGCUGCUGGAGAAGGACCAUUUCUUCCCCAAGCAGCAGAAGGCAUGGGUCAGCAAGAGCCAUUGUGAGCGAUUGCCAGAGGGUGAGCAUAAGGUGUGGAAGUGGGCCCAGAUGUCCUUCUACCGGGCCUGGAAGCAGGAAAUGCUGCUUGACAUGGGGCUCUUGAGCCAGGACCUGGAUCAGCUGGAUGGGCUUGAGCAGGUUCACAUCCUCCCAUACCCAGCCAUUGAGGCCGGCGGCAUAGAGCUGCAACAGCUGCAUUUGGGCUGGCGAGUCCUGCUUUGGCACAUGCUCCAGAGCUCAAUGCCCUGCAAGAGCAUGGGCUUCAUUAGUCCUGGAUGGACACAGCCACUAUAUCUGCAUCAUGACAAUGCCAAAGUGGAUGUGGAUGCAUUCAUUGAGUGCAUCAAAAAGCAGAUGAGUGCUCAUACACUGAACUUCCUCCCCCUGGGGUACUAUGACUCCCUGCCGGAUGAGUCCCAGCGAUGCAGGGACUACGCUGAGAAAAUCUUGGCAUCCCUGCUCUCCAUGGGCCUGGUGCAUGAGGCGGUGCUGCCUCCUCGCAGGAACAAGGUCUUCCAGGGAGUCGAUGAGUGCGGAUUGCAUGUUCUGGCUGCCAUGGAGCAAGAGGCCGCAAAGGCCAUGGGGUUUGGAAAGGCCAGCACUGGGUGGCCUUCGCAUUCGGCGAAGAAGUGGCAUGAGCGGCUGCAUAAGGUCACAAAUGCUCUCCGCACUGAGCAGACCAAGCGACUGGAUGAGCUGAAACAGCAUAAGAAGAAGGAGGAGGCCUUGGGAAUCAAGAUGAGAAAAGAGCGAGAGCACAUGGCGGCCAUGGCUGAGAAACGCAUGAGCAAAGGCCUUGAGCUGACUGCGCUUCAGAAGAUGGCCCAUGAGGUCAUUAGCCAAGGCAAAGUCCUUGAGAUCGAGGACAUGCCCCAGGCAUACUGGGAUGAGAGAAAUCGAAUCGAACUCCAUGAGAUUGGAGUCUGCAGCCGCUGCCGGCAUGCCUCAGGCUGCCUGAGCUGCGAUGAGGGUAAGCUCCUCGCAUACUGGAUGAGGAGGGAAGCCCGCAGAUUGGGCAGGAACAUUGCCCCUAAGUACAAGCUUAGCUCUGCUGGACAUGAGCUGGUCCAAUGA